AAAGAUUUGAGAGGAAGAAAUGAUGUGUUUAUCUGCAAUUUUGCAAACAGGUUCAAAAAUUCCUAAAAAAUUACAAUUUUGAUUAAAUCUGUAAAUAUACAAAUUUUUAAAAAAAUUAAUAAACCAACAGCGUAAUUCGUAAAAUGUUUACUUUUAUCGAUUCCGAUUCGCGUAACUAGUAACAGUCGAAAUCGAUUAAUGGGUCAAUAACCCUCGACAAAUGUAUCAACUUUCUACACGUAAUUAAAACUGAAAAAAACCGAUUCAUACGGGUGGAAAGUUUACAUUUAUCGAUAGGAAACAAAAUAUUUUCGAAAUCUUUAAAACCAUCAUUCUGAUUACGGAUGGAAUUCGAACUGGAAUCGCAUGCAUUUUCAUCAUUAGUUGCUUCCUUUAAUUAAACAAAAAACAUAAAAGAAAAACAAAUUACUGAAGAAAUGUAAGCCAGGAUGAUGUAAAUUAAUAAAAGUUAAUUAGUGAGUUAAUUAAUUUUUCUUAAUUAAAGUUUUAAAGCAGAAAUUUUAGGGGAGUUUUUCUUCUUUACAUUGUCUACGUCAGAGCUUGUCAAUUGACGGUGACGUCGAAGGUUGCAUCGCCAUGACAACGCUCGCGCCUUCUCUCUCGUUUCCAGUUUCGCGUAAAGCAGAGCUAAGUAAUGUCUUCCUCUUCUGCUCUCGCUCCCGUUCCCGUUCCCGAUUCUACGGUAUUAGAUACGGGAAGAAGGUCCAGAACCGAUGGAGAUGAAACAGAGCGCCCACCUUCUCGAGAAGAUGCAGAACAAGAGGGAUUCGAUAAAAACAAGGCAUCCAGACCCGUUUACAAAAAGAUCUUUCGCUGUGUUCUUUUGUUCUUCCCGCUUAUAAUACCGUUUAUUGCCUACAUCAGAGGAACAGAUCCUGCCAGUCAAAUACUUCUGGUUUUGUUCAUAGUGCUGCUGGUGGUGAUAUUUUCUUGUGUGCUGACGGCAUUGCUGAAGGUGAGAGCGCGUCUGGCAGACAGGGCGGGCAGAAGGGAGCUGGAGCAACAUCACGUCUUUGCCAUAACCAGCAGAUUUCUGCCGCUUACUCUGCCGUACGGAAAUUACUCGCCGGAACGCCCCGAGGAGGCGACGGGAACCACUCCUCCUCCGUACUAUUGCAUUGCCAUGCAGACCGUGACUGCCCAGCCAGAUAGGCCCCCUUCUUACGAGGAGGCAUUGUAUUGUCCUUCGCCGUCUCUUUUCAAAGAAGAAAGAAUGAUGGCCGGUGCAAUGUGCAACAGUUUUGAGUUACCACCUCCGGAUUACGAAACUGUAGUGAAAUGAUCGUGUAGGCAUUCUUUGUGGCAGUUCAAUCCUUCGUCCUGAUUUUAUGCAGGAUAAAAAUAAAAUUAGAAGGUGAAGAUCCUUUCUGGGUAAGGCAGCCCAGAAAGGAUUUGGAUGUUUGGAGUCCUGUGAUUUAAUUGCAAAUGAAUUAUUCUAACCAUAUCUUUUACCAUGUACAAAUUUUACUGCAAAACUAUAUGUUGUUAAUCUGCUGCCAAUGUGAAAAAUUUCUCUUCCCACGUGUAAAGAACAAGUUGGAAGAACCACAAGUUUUCAUAAAAAAUAAACUGGAAAUCCUUUAUAAGGAUUCAUUCCAAAUAAAAUUAACUGCACAGCUGCAGCCAAUCAACAAAAGUUUAUUAUUUAACAAAUUGGCUGCAAGUAUUUAUUUUUCUUUUCU